AUGCCUCGUCUUCCAGACCAAGAAGACAACGUCGUCACUCGCAUGCGAUAUCGCUUUAAGGAAGCCUGGGAUUGCUUCUGGGACUUUGCGCUGCGCGAUAACGUGCUCGAAGUUGCUAUUGGUUUAAUUAUAGCAGCAGCAUUCACCAAGGUCGUCAACUCCUUUGUAUCCGACCUAUAUUUACCAAUCAUCAGUUUGCUGCCAUUUCUGAACCGAAAUUUGGAGGAUAAAUUCGCCGUCUUGAGGAAAGGAAAGCAUUAUUCUGAUUGGGGUCCGGAUGGGUAUAAUACGCUUGAACAAGCACGCGAUGAUGGAGCGCUGGUUAUGGCUUAUGGAACAUUCUUGAAUACAUUCAUCAGUUUCGUCAGCAUAGGUUUGACGCUCUAUACCGUGGGACAGGUGUAUACGUAUUUCUCGGAGGAUGUGGUGAUCAAACGUACCGUCAAAUGCAGGUACUGUAGGAAAUGGAUCAGUUCUAAGGCAGUACGAUGCGUGAAUUGUACCAGUUGGCAGGACGGAAGGGAGGAUCAAAUACGCAGCUAA